AUGGCAAUGAUCAUACCAAGUGCUAAGACAUUGGUUUCUAAAAUACCAUGCUUUCCUAAAAGUAUGAUUACAGGAGAGAGUGUCUCAGGCACCUAUAGAAAAUGGGAGACUUCUCAAGCCCCCAGGAAGGUGCUUGGUUCCUCCACCUCUGCGACUAAUUCCAUGUUCCCUUCAUCAAGGAAGGCUGAAAGUAAGUAUGCAGGAGGGAAUCCAGUUUAUGUGCACCCAACUCCUCAGUGGCAAAAAGGAAUUGGAGAGUUCUUCAGAUUGUACCCUAAAGACUAUAAGAAAGAGAAUCAGAUUUCUGAAGAGGCAGGAAGCAGUGGCUUAGGAAAAGGAAAGAGCAAAGUAUGUUCUUUGCCACCUGAUCACACAGAUGACAAAGAAGAAUAGAACUUUUUAAUUCAUCCUUGACUAAUGUUCUUUAUUUACUCUGGUGUCCUAGGAUGUAAAUUUACAUAAAUGUAUUUGUUCCAGUUAGCAUUGUU